CACCAUGGCACUUAACGGUGAGGCUGCGGCCCAUGCAGUGGCGACGCUGGCUGAGGCCACCCUACAGGGAGGAGGGCAAAUCGUUCUGGCCGGGGAAACGGCGGCUGCUGUAGGGGCACUGACUGGAGUGCAAGAUGGCAGCGGUACGUACCACACAACCUCUCAACAACUAUUGUCAGGCCUGGUGCAGAUCCCAGUAAGCAUGUACCAGACGGUGGUUACCAGCCUAGCCCAGGGGAACCGGCCCGUACAAGUGGCCAUGGCGCCUGUGGCCACACGCAUCGACAACACGGUCACACUGGACGGCCAGGCGGUAGAGGUAGUGACUCUGGAGCAGUGACACUGAAUCCUCCCUUGGCAGGUGUGUUCCACUGGAACAAAGUCCCAAAAUGGCCGCCGCCGGGAGCUGAGGGAGGGAUAGUCCGUUUUCACCAUAGAGAUAGAUAGAGGGCUCAUCUUUGUAUCUGUGCCAUUAUAGCAUCUGACAGCAUGGGCAGUGCCAUUGAGGCCAUCUCCAUUUUUUAAUUAGUCCGUUUUCCUCUUCACGAUUGACUGAUCCCUCCUGAUAACCCGGUUUGACAUUACUCCGUCAGUGGAGGAUCAGCCCAUGAAAUUGGAAGUCCCCCCCCCCCCCAGUUGACUACAUUAAAAUGGUGAAGCCCUAAAUGGCGCUGCCCAUGCUAAUACAGCCUUUUGGCCAGUAGAGGCCUCUAUCAUUCUCUAUGGUUUCCACAUGCUGCGCUCUGUACCAUGUAAAAAUAUAUAUUUUUAAUGUACAUCUGCAGGGGAAUAUAAAGUGACGGAUUUAUCAAUACAUUGUUUACUAUGUGUGUGUGUGUGUGUGUAUAUAGUAGAUGUGUUUUUUUGUUUGAAUGUCCUUUUUUAGCUUUGAUGUUGAGCAUUGUGUGACAUGGGUUAGAGUAUUUAGUAUUUAUUUCUGCACACCUUAACAUUUACUUAAAGAAUAACCAAAAAGCCAAGGGGGACGCCACCAAUUCACCUUUCAUUCUGAACCUAUAUCACAGUCCCAUUAAGCACGUUUUGGUACUCUGUCUAUGUGAGUGUUAUUCCAUGUUUGUUAUAGAAUGCGGUUACCAAAUCACAAUCACUCUCUGCUCUGUUGUCAUGGACUUCAUAUGCAAUCAGGUUGUGCCGAAACCCAGGAACCUUUCCACUAAUUCCACCCCCUGCUAUAUUAGUCAAUGUUCUUCUUGUACCCUGGAUGUCUACGAAGCAUCCCAAUUAUCAACUGUCCCCUGUAAGGACCUUCACUGCCUAGAAUGAUUCCAAUGAAACAUUACUUCUGAAAUAUGUUACCUGUUGUUGUGUGGUUUAUUGUACUGUAGUCCACUCCACACACACACUGGGAUUUGUGAAGACUCAGGAUUUACUAGUACAGUAUUUUUUUGAUGACCUGUCUAGGCAGCCAUUUUGACUCCAGAGAAUAUCACAACUGGUGUCUCCAAUGCAUGAGUAGCUGUCCCUUGAGUCUUUUUUUAUUUUUUUUAAAAACAAAAACGCUCCUUUUGAUGUCAGUGGUAGGAACGUAUUCUAAAUCAUUUUAUAAAUUGAGGCGGGCCGUACUGUAUACUACAGAGCAUUCAAUGAUUUUUGUAUUUGUACAGAAUACGUGUGCAUUUGUCUGGUCUGAUAUGAUGGUAUGAAUAAAUUCAGCUCACUACAGAGAAUCCUCUCCGUAGAAUUAAUGAUUUAGGAAAUACAUUAGGUGACUGAAUUACAGCAAGCAUGCAGUCCAUGUGAUCGCCCAAUAAAGUGACUACUGUUCACCGGU